AACUUCCCUGGUCUAGCUCCUCCUCACAAGCUCACCCAGUGCACCCCACUCUUAUUUUUUCCAAGUUGUAGAGAAAUAGGAAUGGUUCAGGGAAGAUGCAGUGCAGUGGCAGCCACAGUGCUGCUCUGCUGCUUGUUGCUCCACUUUGAGGUGGCUCAAUCAGCAAGUUUCACUGUUGGAGGAAGAGGUGGGUGGACCUUUAACGCCGCUGCUUGGCCAAAAGGCAAGCGCUUUAAGGCGGGUGACACUCUCGUGUUCAAUUACAACCCUUCAAUCCACAAUGUGGUAGCUGUGAACAGAGCAGGAUACAAAUCAUGCAAAGCACCAAAAGAUGCUAAAGUUUUCAAGUCAGGCAAGGAUCAGAUCAAGCUUAAAAAGGGCCAAAACUUUUUCAUCUGCAAUUACAUUGGCCAUUGCCAAGCAGGAAUGAAAAUAGCAGUCACUGCUGCCUAAUCCGAGAUUAGGCAUUGCCAUAUGAUAUCUUCAGUUUGCUUUAAAGUAUUAAUGUAAGAUUUGGUGUCACAAAGUCUACUCUAGUGUUAGAUUUGCUUGCUUUGAGUGGGUAGGUGGUGCUCCAAACACUAAAUCUAUACUAUAAUAAUGAUGGGUUUAAGUGGAAAUCUUUUGUGUAAUGCUUUGUGGCUAAGGUUUUACUUGUACUCCCCUUUUGCAAUAAAAUAUAUACAGAUGCUUCUACCAGUUUUAUUA